GUAGCCCAUCUCCAAAACAACCAUCAUGAAACGUCGCGACGUUGGAGCUGGCACUUCCUUGGUGGCGCCCUACAUGACAACUGAGUGAAACGACAAAAAAAAACAACAAGCGUGAUAAUUAUGCCAAAAUGGCAGCCACCAUCACCGUGACUGAACCAGUUUGCGAGCAAGGCGGAAGAACCGUUUUCAGUGGGUGUAGCGAUGAAGACCGGGCGUGUGCAAAGCUGUUUUGGCAGUCACUAACCCUGCAGCCGCCGAUUGAGUCUCGGCUCGUGUCUGGAGAUGUCAGACAGAGGCUGAAAGUUGCACCUCCGGGAAGACAACCUGUGAAUCGAGCCUAUGAAAAGAUAGAGACUUCGCAGAAACUUGUGGAUUUCCUGGAGAGAGCUCAGGCAGAGGUGAUCUAUGCACAGAGCAUGAAGCUGACCAAACAGGCCAUUGCCAGACAAGAAACGCUGCACAUUCUGCAGAAGAGGAAGCAGGAGAGAAAAGAGAAGGAAGCCAUAUCUCACCGGCCAGCCCCACCCUCCCUGCUGGAUGAGGAAGAUGACUACGACGAAGCCACAGAGCUUGAGGCGGUCCAGGCCAUGGCUGAGCUGGACUCAUUUGAGCAGCGCAUCAUUGAGGACAGCAGAUGAGACUGGUCUGAGCGUGGCGCCCGGUCUCACCUGUACCGAUAUCCGUCCAUUCGUAAGCCAUACCACACUGAUCUCAUGGACUCAUCUUAUCAACUGCUAUCAGAUGUCGGCUCCGUUAAUAGCGGUGACUCACAAUGCCAUGCAUCACCAAGAGGUUGUCACGGAGAGGCCCUUUUUAACGGUGCAUUGUGGGAAAAUAGCAACAGAAGGUCUUUGCGGUGGCUGCUCUGUGUGCGGUGAAUUCAAAUUGUUCCGAUAAUAUUUUGGCUUGGAUUGAAGACGAGGUAGUGUGAAGAGUAUCGGUGUUAAUCAAUAUAAAAUGGUGGUUUUUUUAAUGAGGCACAGAAAGCCCCAACCAAUUACACAUUUCCUCAAACCCUCUGGUGGAAUUCACUGAUAUACAACAUGCAGAAAGUCUUCCACUUCUUUGUCGACCGUUAACUUGAAAGAUGGCCUCUCCAUGACGACCUCUUGGUGGCGCAUUGUAUUGGUGAGGAGAACAUCUGUAUGGAGUUUAGGGGACUAUGGCAACAUAUGCGUUGUCUGCUAUUCGUUUGGGCUGCCUGCUUUUGACCAGCACAGCACGUGAGCACAGACCCACACCACUGAUCUCUAAACACUGGAUAGGCGACUCAGCAGUAACUGCCUGUGCGUGAAAUGAAGUGACCGCAAGGCCAUCUUAGGACAUUCAGUACAGUGGCCUUCAACUUCAGUCAAUUCACUAAGUGCAUUCAUGCACGGCACUAAAGCCGGUGACUUGGAAAAUACUUUUGUAUUGAAUAGCCCAAGAUGGCCGCGCAGUCGCUUCAAUUCGCAGAGCAGAGCGGCCUAUCCAGUGUAUAGAGAUCAGUGAUACACACACACACAUUGCAUCAGGGACCUUCAUAGAUGGAUAGCGCCCUCUGUGGGGAAGAUGUGUCCACUGUUUCUAUGAAAGUGACAUGUUGGUGUCAGUGUGAAAAGUGUGGCUUCCCCCUUGGAUGGUUUUAAACUUAUUCUUUUGAUUCAGUGUUUUGCUUGUGAAAGAAAACAAACCAAUGAAAUGUGCUGGAGCAAGAAGUCAGGUGUCAAAUGAACUUCAUUGGUCAUUCUUUGCUUGACACUUUUUGUGGAAAGUAUUAAAAGAUUGUUCCAUGUAUCAAUGAAGAGUUCCCUUGGGACCUUGUGUUAUGGACCGGCCCGGGCAGUGAGGUCACUAGUCCACAUUUAUGUCUCCUAGGGACUGUGAGUGAUCGGAAGAGGGUCUUAUCUUCGGCCUCGGGAAGAUAUGACCCUCUUCUGGUCACUCAUAAGCCCAAGGGGGCAUGGCCGUGCACCAGUGACCGAACUUGGCCAGUCCAUAUGUGCUUUAUAACGCACCUCGGACUAGAAAAAAAAUUCUUUCAGGGUUUUUAUCUGUUUUAGUUCACCUUUCAAUAGUGCGUAAAAGAUUGUAAAAAAAAGUUUAUUUUAGUGUCCUUUGAUGCUGUCUUAUUUUGAGUUGUUAUACUCAACAAGGAAAAGAAUUCUUCCAGGGUUUGAACUGUUUUAAUUCAACUUUUCAUUUAAUGCCAAUUCACAAAAUUCAAAAAUUGAAGGUCCAUUUUAGUUUUCAUAGAUUCAGUCUAAUUUUGAGUCGCUGUAUACAACUAGGAAAAGAAAUCUUCCGGGGUUUUAACUGUUUCAAUUCAGCAAUGUUUUCAAAUGAGCCAUAGCAACCUCCAGAGGGCGCGAUAGCAAGUCUGGUCCGCGCCAAUUUGGCUCAUCAGGCCGGUGUUUAUCUUUGGUUUCCUUGGCAUGAAACGACUGAGAAUAUUUCUAUUCCCCCCUGGAUGGGAUGCCAGUCCUUCGCAGGUUGCUUCCUCACCAAACUAAACGAAACUUCUUCCCUCUUAGGGCUGAAAAAUAGAUUUUUAUACCUCCCAGCACAUGACUUAGUGAUUGGCCAAAAUUGAAACUCCAUGAUUCAGGCGGUAAUGAUCAGGCGAAGCCAGAGGCGAAAUCGGAGCGAAAGCCGAGAUUUGGGAAAAGGCCCCCUUCAUAUCGCCCUCUAUCGAAUAGCUGAUCAUAUUUUCAUUACAAUGUGUCUUGAUUGCUGUGAUUGACAGUUAAUUAUUGAUUUGUCCGUACCUCCGUUAUAGGAUGCAGUGCAUAUAGAAUGAUUGUGAUGACCCCUCACUGCCAUUUGCAUGUUGGGCAGUGCCGGCAGCCCCGUCCCCUAUUGUAAUACAAUAUGUAUUUGUGGGGGGGGGAUUAGGUGUAGAUAGAAGUACUACGCCCCUACUAUGAUGAUUGUCCGGACUACAGUUGGGCUGCCAUCGGCGCCUGUGUGUUCCAUGGCAUUGCUAAGGUCGUUUUCUUUAUGUCCUUCUUUCGCCGUAGCAGCACCCAGUUUUUGUGUUACGGAUGAAAUGUCAAAUUGGCGUAUGUGGGAUAAAUUGUGGUGGUUGUGAGCCGCAUAAACUUAGAGAGAGUUGAAUUUUCAAUGGAACUUUGCUGACUACGGGCGCUGCACUUGGGACCAUCCCAACUAGAGUUAGGACUGAUGCCAUAUUUUUAUCCAUUUUUUAAUUAUGCAUGCACAAAAUAUCUGUCCAAGAUCAUUUUUUGGUCGAAUGGUGUUGUGGUUAUAUUUAUCUUUUUCUGAUGUUGUUUUAGUGAUUUAACACUACAUUAAGACGGGCCUUUAUGCUCUGUAUGUAAAAUAUAUAAUUAUAUAUAUAGUUCAGUGCCAGACAAGCAGAAAUAAGACAAAGGCGACUCUUGUGUCGUUUUAGUUCUUUAUUUUUGUCUAACAGCAAACGUUUCCCACUUCAAAUAGGCGACCUCUUAAAAACAAACCAAGGCCGUAGUCAUAAUUAUGUGCUCAUACCAACCUCAUUACAAUGUAAUAAUUUACAGCAAUUUAUGAAAUGCAGGGGGCUGCCAAAAUGCGGCUCCCUCCCGUACUGAGAUUUUUAUUGGAACUUAUUCCACCAGCGUGCUCACAACAGCCACCGUCUUCAGACGAUGUGGUCCAUCGACAUUGUUUCAUCCCGGCCUGAAGUGUCUUCCUGGCGCUGCUUAUAAAAAAAUGUUUGCUCGUAGAACUGUUCAUGUCACGG